GAUGUCAGAAGCCGCGCUACGCACAGGUGCGCUACAGUUUGAUGAAGCCUCUAUGGUACACCGCUUCAAUGGGACAUUGGGGGCUGAAUGGUACGCAAAGCAUCAGCCAUUGCAACCAGGAAGCAUCAUCCGGGCACGGGAGAACCUGGAGAAGCAGCGGUACUCGGAGCUCAUUCGAUCGAGCUUUUGUAAUCACGCUUGCCGGCGAGACAUCCUUCACAAGGGAACCACUCACGUGGCUGUUGGCUUCAACGACCUGGGGAUUCUGCUUUCCUGCGACUUGCGAGAGGAGCCUUCAAAGAAUGUGCUGGGUCCCUUGCGCUUCGUCGGCCUGGAUUCGAGCGCCUUUUCGGUGGCCAAGAGCAAGGUCAUUGCUGAGAUGUUGAAGCGUAGCGUGCCUCUUGAUCACUGCCUGCAAGUCUGGUUCUCUGCCACCUGCAGCAAAUCAGCAGCGCGGAAUUUCGCUGAAGCUGCUGGGGGCGUAGCCAGGAAUGAGGACCACAAGGAUGUGAAAUCCUAUUUAUCCCACUGGGCUGCAACGACACCACUGCCGCUUCUUCAAGCGCGGAAGCUCUGGCUGAAGACUCGCGAAGGCCGCAAUGGCACCGACAUUGCUUCAAUGAAGCGCGAGAAAGACCAGCUUCGAAUGUGUCAGUAUCUCCUCACAGGCGAUGUCUUCGACGCAGAAAAACCAGAGGUUGGUAAUCCUGCUAUGUGGUCUGUCCCAGCGGGAGCACCACCCCUUGCACAGGGAGAGAGUGCUUUCAACGCUGUGGAGAUCGACGACCUUGCUGAAGGGCCCAAGAAGGAUAACAUCGCCAAAUGCUUGGUCAAGGUUCUGCUGCAGAGACUGCAGCGCCUACGUGACCAGAUACAGAAGGGCGUAGUCAGGCGAUGCGAGCUGGUUGAAGCGGACACUUCGAUUGCCAAGUGGGUUGCAGAUCAGCAGCCCUGGACGAUGUCAUGGUCUAACGUGCUGGAUUACAUGACGCCUCAGCACUUUCAUCGGCUGGCGCGAGCAUGCUCCGCGAGUGGCGACACUGUCCAUUACGCGUAUUCCAUGAACUGGACAGCUGAAGUGGUCGGCACCUGCAUUCUGGAUUACUCCGACCUUGAGCAGCGGAAGCAAAUCAUAAAUGUUGCCCAUCGGAUUCUGGAAGAGACUUCGAAGCUGGCGCCUGCAGGGAAACUGCUACAGCUGCCCCAUCACGACUCGCCGCUGAAUUCAACAGGCUAUCUCCUGGCCAUGGCGUUGCACAAGCAAUGGACCAAGUACUUCUUCGACUCGAAGUAUGCUGGUCAAGGUGUCAAGGUGGGCCUUGCAUCUUUGCAGACUUUCAAUCCACUGGCGACUAACGCAGCCUGCCUGUCGCUGACCUGGACCUACGACGCCAACAUCGAGCUGAAGGACGCUGCAGGCUCAAAACUGGUGGACGAUCCCUUCGAUUCUUUGCCCGACUGCGCUGUCAGCUAA